AUGACAUUGCACAAGCUACCCAUCAAAGGUCUUAUGACAAUCCAGAUCACAAAUAUAUAUAGUGGUUUACGAUUCACGGUGUCUAACUGUUUAUUUAUAUAUCUACUAAAAGAAAACAAAUGUAAAUUGGGGUAUCAAGUACAACUACAAAUUGGUAGUAAUGGAUCAGUUCUUCCUCAAGCCGAAGAUUUAUCGUGGGCUUCAAAUCUUCAUUUCUGGCUUUGGUAUUUAAAUAAAGUCUAUUAUUCAGGAGCUUGUGUAACUAGCACACUUUAUUUUAAAGUGCGUGUGUGUACAUGGUACAUGUACAUGCGAGCAAAGGAUAUUUUUUUUAAAAAAAAAAUGUCACGGCACAACACAGUACAGUAUAUAUCAUUUCAUUUCGAGUACUUUAAUCGAUUCAAGAGCCCCAGCGCUCGCAUUUUUUGUCCGUAUCUGGAUAUGGAAGUACUGUGA